GUAGCUAUAGUUUAUAAUCAUGCACUUUAAUGAUCUUGGUCUCUAAAUCAUUGACCAAUAAUACCUAGACACGUCAAUUACAAAUUAAAUGGCGAUUUUACCAUACAAUGAUCAGACUACACAAUUUACGUUUAUAGUUUUGACAGUUCCGUCCUGUCUGUGACAAUCGUAAUUGAAUGACGAUUAUCGAUAAGAUUUAUCGACUUACAUAAACGUUUGUUUAUAUACUUUCAGAUAUUUUCAUACAAUUACAGAGUUAAUAGUUUCAUAGUAACUGUACUCGCGUUGAGUAAUUAAGUAUUUCGUAGGAACCAGGUACACUGUUGAUACUACGAUUAGGCCCUUCAACGCGCAUUUCUGUGUAGAUAACCACUACCUGAUGUUUCUGAUUGGACACAAAAUGUAACCAAUCAGGUAACAUGAGCCCCUCGAUUUUCAUAGAACAGCUUCGCGACUUAAAAUCGCAUACCGCUAACGUUGGUCCUCAGAAGUUUCAUUCGAAACUCAGAAAAGUCACUUUCGGUAGUUCGAGAUUCACGUCCCUCAUAACUCAGCCCUCUUCAACGAUUUUGCGAUUCACAUCAGUUAAGUUUUAAACUUUUGCGAGAUGUCUUCCAAAGCUGUAGCGUUGACGAUGGGCGAUAGUUGUUAUCAAGCAUCCGAUAAAACUACUAUGUCGCAGCGACAGGUAACUUGGGGCUCACGUCUCAUGUACCUGCUUGGGCUCUUGGUAUGUUUCAUGUUUGUUUGGUAUGUGGCAAAACUGCAAACAGAGGUGACAGUAAUGAAAUCCCAACUUGAAGAAAACACACGUCAGAUUGCUAAGCUUCACUACUUGUGUCAAGAGCACGCGGCAGCCAGUGACAAUUCGGAUGAUCUUGAUGACGAGAUAGUAGAUGAAAGUUCUGAAGAGGAUUCCAAUGAGGAAGAUGAACUGGAUAUCGAGGUGAAUUUAGCGUUUGAGCCUAGUUUGGGCGAGUCAGAACUCCAAGCGCUUGGAGCCUUUGAGAUUGCGGACCGCCUAGCCGGUGAUAUCGCUGGCAACACUGACCGUAGAAUAAAGACGAGGGCUAGGCGAAGCGUCCUAGAGGAAUCAACACCAAGUCCAGGUAAAACAAAGAGCCGGUCAGGGAGGAAGAAAAAUAAAGGUGGAAAUAGAAAGGACACUAGUUUGGGAGAAGAUAAAACUACCAAAAAACCUAGAAACAGAGACUGUUGCAAGCGAUCGUGCAAGCACAGGAAAGAUUGUUGCGGACAUUGCAAGGAAGAAAAAACAGCAGUUGCGAGUGCACACUUCGUUGGCGACGCAGCAACCGUUGCUUCAGUCAAUCGGGAUCCGACGAAUCCAGCUAUGGCUAAAGUUGGUGAGAUGGUAGUUUAUUUCUUUUUCGGCAACAGUCAAACGGAGUUUCAUUCUUAAUACGGUCCUUACCUGUAACAGGGAUCGCCUAUAUAUAAUGUCACUACAAAACGGGUCUAAUAGGCCUCAUUAUAUAAUUGGCCUACUACUAGAGAGGUUUCACCACCCAUUGUUCAAAACUUGCUGACGACAUUCCUCACUUAUUCUAAAAAGAAUAGAAUUAACAUUAUUAUGCUAUUCAAAUGCAAAAAUCUGUUUAAAUGUCGCCUACUGUAACAUCGAUGAGGUAAUUAGUGGUUAGUCUGGCUGAGGAAUAUAGACCAACCAUAGGCCAUACUAUUGAGAAAAUGGCACCUUCAGAUACGCUUGGAAAUAGCACUGAUUCUCUGACUUAAAAUUGUUUUUGAUUAUGUUCUAAUAAAAAUAUUGAAUCCAUAAGGCCAUCAUGGACAUAUUAAAUCUAAACAUAGUAUGUCGGUUUAAGUACAAAUUAUUGUCACUCAAAAAUCUAGUAAUAUCGUGGGAAAAUACGAAAACAAUGAAUGACUUUCAGUGCAGUAAAGAAAAAUAAUUUUAAAACUCUGAAAUGGAUAUUGAGUUUCUAGAAUAUUACUGUCCAAUAUCAAUUCUAAAAGAAAAUUCACCUGUUUCAAUAAAAUCAUGUUUGGUUGAAAUGAAUGUGUACUAGGACUAAUAUAGGACCACAACUGUUGUCUGGUCUCACACCCACAACUAAAAACUGAUUUGCUUUAAAACUUAACGAUAUUAAUGUUUUUAUGGUCUGAAUGGUUUGAAUCGAUAAGGCCAUCAUGGACAUAUUAAAUCUAAACAUAGUAUGUCGGUUUAAGCACAAAUUAUUUUCACUCAAACAUCUAGUAAUAGGCCUAUCAUGAGAAAAAUACAAAAACAAUGAAUGACUUUCAGCGCAGUGAAGAAAAAUAAUUUAAAACUCUGAACUGGACCCUGUAUAUUGAGUUUCUAGAAUAAUUACUGUCCAAUAUCAAUUCUAAAAGAAAAUUCACCUGUUUCAAUAAAAUCAUGUUUGGUUGAAAUGAAUGUUUACUAGGACUAAUAUAGGAGCACAACUGUUGUCUGGUCUCACACCCACAACUAAAAGCUGAUUUGCUUAAAACUUAACGAUAAUUAUGUUUUUAUGGUCUACACCUUCGGUCGGGAGCCUUUUAUUCUGUGAGUGUCACAGGGAUUUUACUCCUCCGCCGUCGUCGCCCCAUUGAAAAUUUCCGAAACAAAAAUAUGACUCAAAAGUAGUUCACCUCAUACUACGGGUGUGAGAGUGGAGGUAAAAUCACCGUGAAACCGGAAUCCGCCUUCAUCGGAAGAACACACAGGACCGCUUUCGCUGCCUCUCAUGAAGACUUAGAUCUAAUUCAUUCCUCUACUUUUCACCUAGUUAUGUCUGGUACACGUAGACUGCGAUGUCGUCUGUACAGGAUGCCAGAUUUUCGGUGGCAGUCUGCCGCUUGUCGUCUGUCUUGCGACGCGUCUAUUAUUCUAGUUGAACGGCGAAACCUCUCUACUGAAUUCGGUGCAGGGAAUUCAUAAGCAUUACAUAAAAAAUUUAUAAUAAAUUAACGCACUGCAAAACUAUAGUUGACCAAAAUAAUACAUUAAUUGAUUGAUUGAUUGUUUAUUAAUUUAUUGGUUGAUAAAUUGAUUAGUUAUUCUUUCAUUGAUUGAUUGCUUAUUAAUUACUGUUUUGAUUGGUUUAUUCUUUACGUAAUCUUUG